UCCGUUUUAUUCCCAUUCCAUUCCGAUGAGGAAUUCCCAUCCUCAGUAACCGGAUACACUGACAGAUAACAGAUAAAAUACUAUAUAAAUGCUUUCGUGAUAUGUUAUGCACGAUUUAAUGACACAGUGAGAACUCGUAGCUAACGCACCGUUCUAAAAUAUAAUUGGCGCUGUUAUCGCAUUCGCUACUGAAAGAUGGCAGCGACCAGGCGCUUAACAAAGGAACUUCAAGACAUUAGAAAAAGUGGACUCAAAGUGUUUCGAGACAUACAGGUGGAUGAGACAAAUAUUCUAACCUGGAAUGGCCUUAUAGUCCCGGACAGCGCACCCUACAGUAAGGGCGCGUUUAGAAUCGAGAUCAACUUCCCAGCCGAGUACCCGUUCAAACCGCCUAAAGUGACAUUUAAAACGAGGAUCUAUCACCCAAACAUUGAUGAGAAGGGGCAGGUGUGCCUACCUAUCAUCAGCCCCGAAAACUGGAAACCUGCUACAAAAACAGAUCAAGUGAUCCAGGCGCUCGCGAUGCUCGUCAACGAUCCAGAGCCGGAACAUCCCCUGCGUGCCGACCUCGCCGAGGAGUACGCCAAGGACAAGAAGAAGUUCAUGAAGAACGCCGAGGACUACACGAAAAAGUUCAGCGAGAAGAGACCGGCCGACUAACGCGUGUGCGGACGGGCGUCGCUCGCGUCGGCCCCGGGCGUCGCUCGCGUCGGCCCAGGGGAGUCACUGCGAUCUUCUCUCUCUCUUUCUCUCCUCACAACGACAUUGGGUUAUCGUCGCGCGUUCUAUGUGGCGGCGAAUAUUUGAUGCGAGCGAUCGGUCUCUGACGUUUAUCGUCUGCCGACGCUCGCCCUGCCCUGCGGUCGCACAUCCACCGCUUGUUGCGGGGUGUGGCGGGUCGUCACGUUUGUUUCAGCCUUGUCUGGGGGCGGCAAAAACGCAGAAAAGCUUUAAAUGUAGAGCAAAGUUUAUUUUACCGGUAAAUGGCGGGGCCUUUUUGAAAUCGUAUUGAGAGAAGAGGUUGGUCAGAGUCAUCAAAUGUGUUAUUACGUCGUAGCGCGCGCGACAGAGCGCGACGUUAGUGUUUCUAGGUUUCACAUUCUGUCUACAUCGGUUUGUACCACCCAAAAAUUGUGGCGACGGGACAACUAAAUCAAAGCACGACUUGGUUGAGUUUGCACAUGCACGUGCUCGCUGUCUAGCAGUUGUAUUAUUUGAUCAAGUGUCAUACGGAUAUUUAUCCAGUGAAAUGGACUGGGUCCAAGUCUAGAUUUUAGAUGGAAACGGAUAUAAUUUGAGUCCAUGAAGUUUUGUCCAUGACUAAAAUAUUAUCAGGUGGAGUGGUCACGACCCAAAACAAUGUUAUCUCUCAUAUUUUAAUGGGAAGCUGCAACACAGGAAUAAAACGAAAGUUGGUCGUUAGAUCAGCGACGGCUACAGCGGGCGGAUGGCUUGUUCUGGAGUUUGCGUCGCUGUGAUGGAGAUCGGUUUUGUUGUCAGAUCUGUUCCUGCCUGCCAGAACUGCCUGGCUGUGAUGUAGGUGUGAUUGUAAAUUAUAUAGUACAUGUUAUAUUUGUUGUUCUAUUAACCCCCCCAACUCCCCGGUUGUGUUUUUCCCUGCAUUUUUGGAAAUGAACUGUGUUUCAGGGAUCCAAAUUCGCAGAGUCUGUAACAAAUAUGUACACCGGAAAUAGCUUGGAUAUUAUUAUUAUAUCAUUAGUGGCCAUUAUAUAGCUUUUAUCAUUAAAAUUAUCUACUUAAAAAGUUGAUGACCGACCUUUUCUUGUCUUCAUAUGACCUUGUCCAGUCGGAUUAUGAACUUCCCCCUUUUUCCGCAUCUUAUUUAUAAAUUUUCUUUGUCGAGUAUUGUUUGGCUGUAUCGAUCCUAUAUGGUCUUACAGUUAUUUUGCGAUAUAACCAGUUUGUUUGUUUCACUCCGUCAUUAAAACUUGAGUGGUUGUUUAUUAGGUGCAAAGGUGUGAGUUCGAUUUGAUUACGAAAAGUAAUUCUUUCAGGUGUGAAACACUGGCGUCUUCGCUUGUUGAUUGGGAAAACGUGACGCUGGUAAUUUAUUUCUUCUAUUGUUAGCAAGCAGUGGCUUGGUAGUGCAAUAGUGGUUAAACGUCUAUUGGCCAUUUAUACACUGACACUGUCCCGAUCGUACAGCACACGUCUUUCCUAGUUACAGGUAAAGGGCACAUUUGCUGCAUCGAUGUAUUUAUCACUAAACCAUUGUUUUUCCUACUCUUACAAUUUUCUUGAUCUAGAGAUUUUUUCAUUCGAUUUUUUUUAACCAACAGUGGUAAAUAUAAAGGAGAUGUAGCUGCUAUAUAUAGAUCAACAGUUUCUAACUGAGAUAUAGUCACCUAGCCGGUUUUGUGUGCAGGAUAGUGUAUCGCGGGUGUGUGUUGGUGUGUUUGUAUGUGCGUGUGUGUGCGUGCGUGUGUGUACUGCUAAAACGUGAAAUAAAAUAUUUCGAAAAUAAAUUAUACCACAAUUA